CUCAGAUUGUUUUCAAAAGAAUGUAGUUCCGUUGAAAUGUAACUGUUUUCUCAUUAACAUACUUAAAUGUAAUGCAAGUAUUUCCUUGUUUUAAAGCUGUUCAACACGUUUAGCUAAAGAGUUUACUGCAAGAAUGGCUAAGAUUCUAAAGACAGAAAAGACGUACAUUUCAUAUAUGCUUUUGCUGUCCUCGACUUCCUGCUGUCUCCUGUGUACUGCAAUCACAGAAAAUCUUCUGACGAGCAUUUCUGAGAAAAUUCCCAGGACAGAAAUCUACACACUUGUAGGGCAUCCAGCACAAUUACCGUGUGAUAUCAGCCCCGCGUUUCCCAGUGACGAAGUGUCUCUCGUUCUUUGGUACAAUAACAAAUCUCCUUCCCCGGUUUACAGCCUUGACGCAAGACAAGGAAGUUUAUCUUAUAGUAGGCAUUGGAGAAGUGAUGAGCUGGCAUCUAGAGCAUACUUCAACAUUAAGGAUGUUCCAGCGCAUUUAACACUUGAUCCAGUGACAGAAGGAGAUGAAGGGGUGUUUACGUGUCGAGUGGAUUUCCACAAAGCUAGAACACGAUACUGGGAAGUCGGGGUGAAUCUUGUAGUUCUUCCAAAUAAACCAGUUAUUCGAGAUGAAACCGGACAGCCUCAGCAAAGUUUGAUUGGACCUUAUAAUGAAGGUGAUAUUCUGACUCUCACCUGUGAAGUACUUGGAGGAAAGCCUCAACCAAAUGUCACAUGGUGGAGAGAAUCUGUGCUUUUAGACAACUUCAUUGAGGUUAAGACUUCUUCAACGGUAAAAAAUAUCUUAAAAAUUCCGUUUUUACAGCGGCAUGACCUGAUGGCAGCCUUUAUCUGUGAAGCUUCCAAUACUGAUCUCAUUUUGCCUUUCUCAACUUCAGUCACAGUAGAUUUGAAUUUUAGACCUCUUGAGGUUCAUUUAGUAGCAGAAGGACUACAUCUUUCAGCUGGAAAACGCGCAGAAAUCGAAUGUUAUACAGCUGGUUCACGCCCUCCCGCAAGGAUAUCAUGGUGGAAGGGGAACGUGCGGUUGCUGACUGCUAAGUCUGUGGUUUCUGUAAACGGAAACAUAACAACUAGUAUCCUUACAUUUGCGCCCAGCCUAGAAGAUAAUGGGAUUUACCUGUCUUGCGCUGCAGAGAACCGUCUGGUACCCGGAAGUGACAUGGAGGAUGGAAUUAAGUUGGAGAUACAUUAUGCUCCUCAGGUCUUCCUUCGUCUGGGAAGUAAACUUCGCCAUAGUCAUAUUCAGGAAGGUAAUGACGUAUACUUUGAGUGCAACAUUCGUGCAAAUCCAAGUGCGUCUUUUAUCGGUUGGACAUUCGAGGGACAAGAAAUAUACACCAACACUGAAUCAGGAAUCAUCGUGAGCAAUCAGACUCUUGUUCUACAGAAAGUUCAACUUUCCAGUAGGGGUCACUACACCUGCACUGCAACAAAUAUGGAAGGACGAAGAGAAAGCAACAGCAUAUUUCUAAGGGUACAGUACGCUCCUGUAUGUGUACCACAACAGACAUUUGUGUACAGGGCAGCAUUAAACGACCCAGUUCAAGUGACUUGUGAACUGAGAAGUGACCCCACUGAUAUUAUAUUCAGCUGGUUGUUUAACAACAGUUACAAUAACCACGAAGUGGUUACCUUUGUUUCUAAAGGUACUGUCAGUACCGCUACGUAUACCCCCAAAUCAAAAUACGAGUUUGGAACUUUACUGUGUGCUGGAUCUAAUAGUGUGGGUGAGCAACAGAAUCCUUGCUCAUUUUCCAUCAUACCCGCAGGUGUUCCUGAACCAGUUCGCAACUGUUCCUUUGUCAAUCAGACAGACAAUGAGAUAGGUCUAGAAUGUAUAGAAGGUUAUGACGGAGGCCUGAAACAGCAGUUUUACGUUGAGGUUGAAGAAUCUCUUAAUAACAAGUUGAUUUUGAAUAUCUCAUCUUCGAGACCCUUAUUUUCUAUACAAAAUCUUCCACCUGGAUCAUCGUUCAAUUUUAAGAUUUAUUCAUUCAACAUGCAAGGUAAAAGUGAUCCUGUAGUUUACAAAGGAUACACUUUCGAACCAUUUGGAGAUCAUUCAGAUCAAGAAAAGAAUUGGGCUGUUCCUAUCAAUGCAUUAUUGACAGCUCUUGUGUCAAUCCUUGUUGUCUUGAUUGUCAUUGCAGUGUGUGCUGUUUUUAUUUUAAAACUAAGACUCAUUACGAGAGGUAAAUAUUAUGCAUAA